AUGACAUCCGCGUCUCUUGACGCGAGUGAUAUCCCCAGUCCAGUGAUCGUUUCAAAUACCAGCAACCCACCGUCACUUGCUUUAUCGAUUUCUUCGACUUGCUUGAUAGAGCAGCACUUUGGAAAGUCAUGGAAUGUAACGUCAGAGAAGAUCAUUCGGCCCAUAAGAGCAUUUUACCAGCAUACCUUGGCACAAGUAUGUGUAUAUGGGGAACUAACAGAUUCCUUCGAAAUAAGAACUGGUUUCCGUCAGGGCUGCGUCCUUUCCCUUACAAUUUUCAACUAUGCGAUAGACUGGGUUAUGAACACCGCUUGUCGGCACUCAAGAGGUGUGCAAAUUAGUCCAGAAAAUAGCAUCAUAGACCUCGAAUACGCUGAUGAUGUAGUCCUUCUUGCUGACCGUUAUGAUGAAAUGCAUACAAUAUUAAACAACGCGUCAUCAACUGUAGGGGAAAAUGGACUCAGGAUCAUUAUAAAUAAAACGAUAGUCUUUUCGUCGUUUUAUAUAGAAGCUGAUAAAAUACCUAUUUUUAUCAACUCAUUAUCGGCUGAGGAAGCACUUGACUUUAAAUACUUUGGAUACACUCCAAUCCCAAAUAGUCAUGCAAAGGAUGAAACUAUAACCCGGAUAUCGACAGUUAUUUUUCCGGUUGAUGAAACCACCAUGGAACCGUCGCGAAAUCACCAUGAAGAAGAAAAUCCGCGUCCAUAUGACUGCGAAACAUGGUCAAUAAGAGUGGAAGAUAUUAAGAACCGUUGA